CUGUGCUAUGGGCCUGUGAACGAGCCUUUAUUACGUAAUGGUUGGGUAGACAGCGAGAGCGUCGUUUAGGUGAUAUCCUAUCACAGAGAGAGAGGGAGAGAGGGGAGGUCUGCUUUAAACACAAAUAUCCAGCACUGGCUAGUUUUUUCUUCAUACAGUAUUACUUUUGAUCUGUUGCAGUUUCCAUUUGGUAUUGUGGCUUAAUCUAUAACUAACAUUCACCUAAACCCACUGGAGUUGUUUGCUUGGGUGUCUUAAUCUACGAGAUGAGUAUGCAGACUAUGUUAUGGGUAUGAGCCAUUGCACCAUCCCUGAGCGUCGGCAGAAGCCUGAGAAGGAUGCAAGGGUGUGCACGGUGUUAUAAGAACAAGCAAGUGGAUAUUCAGACAUCAGAGAACGACGAGCAACAACUUGAAUUAUGUCUUACUAUAACAGAGAACUGGUGGUAUUUUUUAUUAAAUAUAAACUCUCGCAGAGGAACUACCCUUACAACCACAUUGAAUUUACAGAAGACACAAAUCGGACUGAUGCUGCGGAAGGGAAUGAUGAUAUGGGGGCAGCAGGAACGACAACCCUCGUUUAUGGCUCCCUGAACGGAACGAGUACUGGUUCCACUGGAACCCCACCAAUGUCCCCCGCUUCAACCCCCCAGCGUCAGACGAACGGGACUGGGGGUCUGGACGCUGUAAAGGAGGCGCUUCGUGAUUCUGCCAAUGAGUUUGAGCUGCGUUAUUCCCAAGCAUUCAACGACCUGUCCUCGCAGCUCCACAUCACGCCUGCCACAGCAUACCAGAGCUUCGAGAGCGUGAUGGAUGAGGUGUUCCGUGAUGGCGUCAACUGGGGCCGCAUCGUGGGACUGUUUGCCUUUGGAGGGGCUCUGUGUGUUGAGUGCGUGGAGAAGGAGAUGAGCCCACUAGUGGGAAGCAUUGCGGAAUGGAUGACCGUCUACCUAGACAACAAAAUUCAGCCCUGGAUCCAGAGCCAAGGAGGAUGGGAACGCUUUGCAGAGAUCUUUGGAAAAGAUGCAGCGGCAGAGAGCAGAAAAUCACAAGAAAACUUCAAGAAGUGGUUGCUGGCGGGAGUGACCUUGCUCACGGGUGUUGUGGUCGGGUCACUCAUCGCACAGAAACGCCUGUGAGGAUCAGAUCCAAACACACCCACUGCUUCGUUUAGACCUCCAGCUAACAUGAAGGAACUUAAAUACAUUUGUUUUGGAUUUAUUUGUUUCCCUUUUAUUGCCAAGAAGUUUGAUGUUUACAUCCCACGUCCCACCGUGUACUGUUGACUGAGUGGAGCACAUUGCUGAUGUGAUAUCACAUGAUCCAGACUGCAUGAAGGGGCUUUGCUUUUAGCGGACUAGGAUCAAGCUACGCCCUGUUUAACGAAAUGAGAAAAAUGACUAAGAAAAACGCUUGUCCAAACCUUCAUUCUUUGUGUCUGUAAUUAUAAUUGUUUUUGUUGUUAUAAAUAAUUAUUUUCAGCUUUAUAAACAGUCUUUUUAAGUAUCCUUAUUAUUCUUUCAAAGAGACUGGCAAAACUGGCAAGGAUACAAACAUUUUAUCUUUAAAUCUAAUUUAAGCUCAUUUGUGAUUCUUGAGUUGAUGACCCAGUGAGAGAGAAGUAGUUAAAUCUGAACUGAAUCCGAAGUGUUCAGUCAUUAAAUCAGCACUGACAUUUUUUGAAGAAUGUUGUUGCUGUCUGGAGUGCCAGAUAUCAGCUCGAAACCCGAGAGGUGCCUUUUGGGCCCGGCACUACAUUUGAGUGCCUGCUUCCUCUGUAAUCUCUCUACCAUUAGAGGAAGGUGUGGAGAACAUUUGAAACGUGUGUGUGUGUGGUUUUCCCCUCAAUUAUUGUUCUGUUCUUUUUCACAUGUAAAUUUGAUGAGAAUUAAAUGUGUGUAAUUACAGGUUGUGUGGGCAGGUUUGAAAGCAUCUAAAUUGUCAAAAGGACCAACAGUUAUGAGAAAUUUGUUUUGUUGUGAAAGAAAGUUUUGUAUGUUCAUUGCAGUUCAUUGAUGUUUGAUUUAUUAAACCUAACUUCAGCUUCAGAUGAAACUCUUUAUACCUUUGAGAUUGUUGUAACUAGAGCUAGAGGAGACGCACAUACACAAGGAGUAAGUUAAGCAGGUCACUCCUGAUGUAUGUGUGGCUAUCUUUCACUGUGUACACAGAAAAUGUAACGCAUUAAGCAGAAAGUAAUUAGAUUAAACCAUAUUGCCACAAGAGCGCUCUGCGUCUUGUAUGGUCCUGGGAAUGAGGAUUCGACUAGAAUACUGGUCUAGCAGUUGGGACAAGCUAAUAGUCACAGGGUUUUUGUUUCAUUUGGAAUUUGAGGUAUACAGUAAGUAAGCAGAAAACUUGCAGCACACUAAACUUUACAGAGCCAAGUUAAAAUGCUAAUCUUACUUUUUGGUCCCUAAGCAUUUACAUUUUCAAGUGAAAACGUUACUUCCACACACAUAUUGAAGCAUUCAUGGAUUUGAGUUUAUCCUUACCGUGUAAUGGUCCAUGAUGUUUUGAAUCCAGGAUGACAGGCAUAUAUUGGGUCCGAUAGCAUCAUGGUGCUGCCGCGGAAAAACAAAAACCUUAGUGUUUGACAACUCAUUAUUUGUGACAUUGAAAUUUUGGCUUCGGUGAAUUUUUUCCCCUCAAAUUCUAAUUUAUCAUGUUUUCGAAAGCAAACCUCAAAAAUAGUUGGGAUAAAUCUCUCCGUCUUCUCCAUCUCCUGAUUCCCGCCGAAUCUCAUUUAAAUUUAAACGCUUUGCUGUCAGAGCGGUUAAGCACGAGUGUCAGUCCGCGCGCGCCCCUGCUGCUUUACGCUCGGCUCGUGUCAAACUGGUUAAAGCGCUCGGAGAUGUGGAGAAAUUAUCUUUUGGCUUCAAACCAUUAUUAAUUCAAAUAGAACGUCAAGUUGAAUAUCCCUCGCCUUUUCCGAGUAGUAAUGAUUGACGCGUGGGUUGAUUCAAACAGAAGCGAUGAAAGCGAUGGUGGUACAGGUGUGUGUUUGAAGGCUUCCGCCUCCGGUGGAGAUCUCGUGGGGAAGCUGACAUCUUUUGUUGUGUCAGUCACAAAAUACCAAUCCUAAGAAUAACGUCCUUUGAAGCCUAACCUAGAAAAAGAGACAUCUGUAGAGUUCUGCGGAUCGAAUAAAGAUUUAUAUCCUACUCCCUUACACACUCUCACGAAUAACUAUUACAUGCAAUUCCCAGUGUUUUGUCUUAGUCAACAUCAAAAUAGUAACCCAUUUUCAGUCUGUAUACUUCCAAACAGGGAAAUCGUUUUGUAAUCUUCAAUUUUGUAUGUAUAAUGACGUGCUUCGCUUUCUCUUUUCUUAAAUACAACCUUUCUGGCAUUCUGCCAAUAGUUUACAAAAUGAUUUAAUGCUGUUAAUAUAAUAAAAACAAACGGCAAUAAGUUUUUUUUUUUCAGUAGGCCUACAUAACAUUAAGUAAAAUGGGUUGAAAUUAAGCUUUAUGUUGACUUUAAGUUUGAAAAGAAUAAAUGGGCUCUUUUAAACUGCAAAAUUGGGAGUGAAGUGUUUAACAGUGAUGUACAAAUUAUAGUUGGUGAGUCAUUAAAUUUAAUUUGCCAACAUUUAGGUUGACAAUACACAGGUAACUUUUUGAGCAUUGUUGCUUGGGCACUUCCCAUUGAAAAUGGACAACAAAUUUCUAUCUGGAUACUUUAAAUCGGUCGAGGGGCCUGUGUCUCUCCUGGCUGCCCUUUAAUGGCAACAUAAUUUAGAAAGUUGCCUCGUGUAUCAUCAGCCUCACACACUUUUUGCUGCUCUGUAGACACUGAUUUCACAGAAUACAUUCCGUGUUACGAAAUUUGCUGCUUGCAUGCUUUGUCAGUCUGUCUGUCAUGUUGCAGAGUUUGUGUGUGUGUGACCGUAUGCUUAAGAGUGAAAUGUACCAGCAUUGCCACUACACUAUGUAAACUAGUUAACUUAAAUGACAAAUAGACUAGCUCAUCAUAGCUUAGUGAAAAUAUUUAAAGCAUCUGAGGAUUUGAAAAUAUUAUUUAUGAUAUUUGGUGUAAAACGCAUAUUGUUCCUUCCUAUGGCCUUAAAAUCCAUUAUAAUUUCUUUUGAAAUGUAUUUGUUUCUUAUUGUGUUUGUAUUUAGACAAAUUAACCUAAACAAUAGAACAAAAGUGAAACUAUUUUUUUAAGGUUUUGGGUUUAUUUAAACCGCUUCACCCCUCAAUUAACUGUUUUAUGUCUUGGGACUUUUUUUUUUUAAAUGUCUGAUAUCGUUUAAAUUAAAUAAAACCCAUUUCAAUUCACAA